AUGUCGGCCACCAGCAAUCCGAUCACCCCCCAAUCUUUCCUCAUCGCCAUUGCCGACCUCCAACUGGACCAACUCCAUGCCGAAUCUGCACGUCUGCACAACUCCAUCUAUCACCUGGAGCGCAGUAACAAUGCUUUAGAAGAGUUCCCGAGCGACGAGGAUUGUCGUGCAGCGUUACGGGAGAAUAUGGUCACCAUCGGCCACCAGCAGGAACGCGUACAGUUGAUUAAGGAGGAGGUCGAGAGAAGGGGGUUCCUCAUGCCGUGCGGAGAGAAGAAGGAGGAGCAGCAGACAAACGGAGUUGGGGGAAGCGGUGGGGGUGGCACUGCGGCGAAUGGAAACAGGGCUGAGGAGAAUGGUUUGCAGACGGAAGAAGAGGAGGGUGUUUACCUCUGA